AUGUUCGCGGCAUUUAUGGCAAUGAUAGUGAUGCUCCUGUGGAGUGAAAGUGAGUGCAAAAUUUUUAGAGGCCAAAUAGUAGGACCACGAAAAGUUAUCUCGAAGGAGAUCUGGUCUGGUGAGCCAACGAUUCUUAAAAGGGAACUGAAUCUACUGGACAUGUUACGAACACCGCUGAUGCUCAGCUUCAACAGAAAUAUCGCUUUCAUACCGCAGGGAGAAAGACGAGAGAAAAACUACAUGCGUCGCUUACUCGAACUGCGAGGGCUACGGUCAGUUAAACGACUUCGAAACAGGGAACAGAAUCAGUAA